AUGGCUUCAGCGCCUCCUGGUGACAACCCGCGCGCCUCGCGACCAAGCAACGUCGAUGAGUCGAUCCCGACCCGAGACAGUAGCGUAACACGCGUCGACCGGAGCUUCGACGGCGAAAAAUCACAGCAGCCCCUCAACGAAAAGUCCGAGGAUGCGCCAACUGGGGGUUUCUUCGAAGGCGGUCUAGGCCGAGAUGAAGAGGCUGAAGGCACGUGCAGGCAGGAAGACCUAGCAAGGGCAACGAGCAGCAAGCAGCCUGAGUACACCCCCGAUGGGAAGCGUGUCAUCACCGAGGAUGAGUGCUAUCAUCUACUGGGAUACUCGUGGCCUGCAUGGAAAAAGUGGAUGCUUCUCUCCUCUAUUUUUGCCGUCCAAGUGUCGAUGAACUUCAACACUAGUGUCUUUCCUAGCGCUGUUACUCCUAUCAGCGAGGAGUUCCAUGUCAGUGAGCAGGCGGCACGUAGUGCACAGUGUGCUUUCUUAGUUCUCUACGCUUUUGGAUGUGAGCUGUGGGCUCCUUGGAGUGAGGAGUUCGGACGAUGGAAGAUCUUGCAAUGUUCCCUAUUCCUCGUCAAUAUAUGGCAGAUCCUUGCUGCACUGGCUCCCAACUUCGGCAGCAUAGUUGUUGCUCGAGCCCUAGGAGGUCUCAGCUCAGCUGGAGGUAGUGUGACUCUCGGUAUGGUUGCUGAUCUAUACCAGCCCGAGGAGCAGCAGUGGGCUGUUCUCUUCGUCGUCCUAUCUUCCGUUCUCGGAACUUCCGUCGGCCCUGUCGCUGGAGGGCCUAUACAGAAGUUUCUUCCGUGGUAUUGGAACCUGUGGAUUCAGAUGAUCUUUGGCGUUGUCGUACAAGCCGUCCACUUCUUCAUGCCCGAGAGCCGCUCCACCAUCAUCAUGGACAGGGAAGCGAAGCGGCGUCGCAAGGCUGGAGAAGAUACCAACAUUUACGGACCCAACGAGGUUAAGAAGCCUCGGCUUUCGAUGCACGAGUUUGCCAUCACGUGGAUGCGUCCCUUUGAGAUGUUUCUUAGGGAGCCCAUCGUUCUCUCCUGCUCUGUGCUUUCAGGUUUCUCCGAUGCCCUUAUCUUCACCUUCCAAGAAGGUUUCGCGCCCGUGUUCAACAAGUGGGGUUUCGGAACUCUGCAAAAAGCCUGGGCUUUCAUCCCAAUCAACAUAGGUUAUAUCCUGGCAUACAUCUCCUAUGUGCCAUGGAUUAUCAGAGACCAUCGUGUCAUUAAGGCAAAGGGCCCUGAUGCACUCGCACCUGAGCGUCGCCUGAAGUGGCUGCUGUAUCUUGCACCCCUCGAAACCAUUGGGCUCUUCGGCUUCGCUUGGACCUCGAUGGGACCUCCUGAAUCUCACUGGAUCGCGCCCAUGAUUUUCUCAUUUGAUUACAUGAUUGCCGCAUACGGACCUUACUCCGCGUCUGCCACCGGUGGCAACGGGUUUGCACGAGACUUCCUUGCUGGUAUUGCAGCGAUGUACUCUACUCCAUUGUAUGAGAACAUUGGAAGCUCACGCCACACUGAGUAUGCAAGCACUGUUCUUGCUUGCCUUGCAUUCAUGGUCACUAUUCCAGUGUAUCUUAUCUACUGGAAGGGUCCGGUAAUCCGAGAGAGAUCCAAGUUUGCUCAGUCUCUGGAUGCCGAUCGACGUUCCAAGGGUGGACGUCGCGUCAUUGAAGCUCCCGAGGAGCAAUUGGAGCCCAAAAACCUUUGA